AUGACCCAGACGCCCCACCCCACACCUCACACUCACCCACCACCUCUCACUAACCCCCCGCAGAACAAAGACGCCUGCUUCACCUACGCACACAUGCACCGCUCGCAGCACGCGGAGCUCUUCGAGGAGUUCUGCAAGGACCGGCUGCCCAAGGACGACGUGCUGGUGCCGCCCGACCUGCAACCCGUCAACCCGGAGGAGGAGGACGACGUGGUGCCGGACCAGCACGCUGCGUACGGCGUGCAAAAGGCUACGCAGCGCGCCCGCGAGCCCGCGUGGCGCGACCUGGGCCUGGCGGAGCUGAUGGCGCGCGGCCCGAUGGUGGGCGUGGUGCCGAAGAGGAGGGUUGGGGCCGGGGGGAAAGAGGAGGGGUGGUGGGGGUGGUGGUGCUGGGGGUGA